UCACUUCUGGUGGGUCACAUUUUAUCUCUGGCCAGGUGGUCGUUUAGUAAUCUGCGCGGUUUGAUAAUGGAGAAGCGCCUCAAGUCGAAUGACAGUUAGUGCCGGGCAGCCGCGUGGACAACAUGACCGGCCAGUCGGUGUUGCUGUGCCUGCUCGCCCUCGCCGCCCUGGUCCAGGUCCAGGGCUCGCCACUGCAGCGGUUGAAGGCGGAGCUCUGCAUCCCCGUACCGCAGUGCACAGCCAAGGAGCGCAUCCCCAUCCCCUGCGAGGGCUUCUGUGCCACCUUCUUCGAGUGCGAGGAGGCAGGCGCCACGGCGUACCAGACCACAUGCCCGCUGAGUUUUUUUGGAACGUGGUUUGACCCCGUCACGAGAAAAUGUGCAUCACACUGGACCAAGGAUUGCGACUGGUACAAGAGGUUGACAACAGCGAGUCCAACAACGCCCGAACCCACGACAGAGGCGUCGACAAGCGCCCCAACCGAAGCCCCAACCGAAGCCCCAACCGAAGCUACGACCGAAGCCCCAACCGAAGCCCCGACUGAUGCUCCGACAACUGAAGCCGUCACAACCGAUGAACCAACGCUCGCACCAACAGACGCUCCUACGGUACAGCCCGAACCGUUCAGUGCUAGGACGGAUAGCCCAUCAGACGGAACCACUGUAAACCCAACUGAGGCUCCAACCCAAGAGCCCUCGGAGUCAACAUCCCAGGCAACUAGAAGACCAAGAACCGCACCAACAGACGGACCGACAACACAAGAACCCACAGGAACACCGAGCACAGAGCCGUCGGUCGGACCCACAAGCCCAUCAACCGAGGCCCCGACUGAGGCACCGACUGAGGCACCGACUGAGGCCCCCACUCAGGCCCCGACUGAGCCCUCUACUGAGGCUCCAACUGAGGCCCCAACUGCCGGCCCAACUGAGGCACCGACUGAGGUCCCGACUGAGGCACCGACUGAGGCACCGACUGAGGCACCGACUGAGGCACCGACUGAGGCCCCAACAGACGCCCCGACUGAGGCCCCGACUGAGGCACCGACUGAGGCACCGACUGAGGCACCGACUGAGGCCCCCACUCAGGCCCCGACUGAGGCCCCCACUCAGGCCCCGACUGAGCCCUCUACUGAGGCUCCAACUGAGGCCCCAACUGCCGGCCCAACUGAGGCACCGACAGAGGUCCCGACUGAGGCACCGACUGAGGCACCGACUGAGGCACCGACUCAGGCACCGACUGAGGCCCCAACAGACGCCCCGACUGAGGUCCCGACUCAGGACCCUACUCCGGCCCCGACUCAGGCCCCGACUGACGCUCCGACUGACGCCCCGACUGACGCCCCAACUGACGCCCCAACUGAGACACCGACUGAGGUACCAACUGAUACCCCGACUGAGGACCCGACUGACGACCCGACUGAUGCUCCGACUGAGGCACCGACUGAGGCACCGACAGACGCCCCAACUGACGCCCCGUCUGAGAUCCCGACUCAGGACCCUACUCAGGCCUCGACCCAGGCCCCGACUCAGGCCCCCACACAGGCCCCGACACAGGCCCCGACUGACGCCCCAACCGACGCCCCGACAGACGCCCCGACUGGUGCCCCCACUGAGCUUCCGACCGAAAUUCCCGCUUCCUCUUCAAAUGACGCAACCACGCAAAGCGGCACAACUGAACCUGCAAGUAUCAGCACAGAAGAACCCACAUUAGCCCCCACAGAAGCUUCAACGUCCGUCCCUAGCAGUGAGCCUACUGGAAAAACAACAGACGCACCGUCGGAAGCACCAAGCAGUGAGCCAACCCAAGGGCCGACAGACGCACCUACAUCAUCGGAUUUGACAAGUAUUAGUACAGAGGGACCCACAUCUGCGGCUACAGAAGUUUCUACUUUGACAGACGCACCGACCGAAGCUACAUCCUCCGCUUCCAGCAGUGAGCCAACCGACGAGCCCACAACCGUGCCCACAGAAGCUUCAACCUCUAGCAGGGAGCCAACUGAAGACCCGACAUACGCACCAACAGAAGCUUCAUCCUCCCCACCUAGCAGUGAGCCAACCGAAGGGCCCACAGACGCACCCACAUCUCAAGACGUAAGCACUCAGAGCGACGUGACUGAGCCCGCAGGUAUCAGUACAGAAGGGCCCACAUCUGCGUCGACCGAAGCUUCGACUUCCGUCCCGAGCAGUGAGCCAACGGAGGGACCGACAGACGUUACAUCUUCUGCUCCUAGCAGUGAGCCACCCACAUCUGCGCCCACUGAAGCUUCACCUUCCGUUCCAAGCAGUGAGCCAACGGAAGGACCCACCUCAGCGCCUGCAGAAGCGUCAACUUCCGUCCCUACCGAUGAGCCAACUUGGAAACCGACAGAAGGCCCAUCCUCGGCUCCUAGCAGUCAGACACCGACAUCUGCACCAACUGAAGCUUCAACUUCCGCUCCUAGCAGUCAGCCAACUGACGGACCGACAGAAGCUCCGUCCUCCACUCCUAUCAAUGACCCAACCGUAGACCCCACAGAUACUCCUACAUCCCAAUAUGUGACCACACAGAGCGAUGUGACUGAACCUGUAAGUAUCAGCACGAAAGGACCUACAUCCGAGCCCACAGAAGCUUCAACUUCCGAACCCAGCAGUGAGCCAGCAAAUGAUCCGACAGAGAUUCCAAGCAGUGAGCCCACUGAGGGGACGACGGAAGCACCAAGCAGUCAGCCAAUUGCAGUACCGACAGAAGCUCCAACAGAAGGGCCGACAGAAUCCCCUAGCAGUGAGCCAACCGGGAGACCAACGGAACCUCCAUCGCCCGCUCCCAGCAGUUUGCCAACCGAAGGGCCGACAGAGGCACCUUCAGAAGCUCCAACCUCCGCUUCUAGCAGUGGACCUACAGAAAUGCCAACAACUGUGCCCACAGAAGCUUCAACUUCUGUCUCUAGCGCUGAGCCUCAACCAGGACCCACAGACGCCCCCACCAGUGCCCCAACUGCAGGUCCAACAGAAGGUCCAAGCAGUGCGCCAACCGAAGGGCCGACAGAGUCACCGACUGAAGCUCCUCGCAGUGAGCCAACUGAAGGACCGACAGAAGCUCCGUCCGUCGCUCCUAGCAGCUUGCCAACAGCCGGACCGACAGAAGACCCAAGCAGUGCACCAACCGAAGGACCGACAGAAGCUCCAAGCAGUGCCCCAACUGACGGCCCGACAGAAGCUCCAUCCCCCGCUCCUAGCAGCUUGCCAACAGAAGGACCGACACGAGGUCCAAGCACUGCGCUAACCGAAGGACCGACAGAAGCUCCUCGUAGUGAGCCAACUGAAGGACCGACAGAAAGUCCCAGCCGCUUGCCAACCGAAGGGCCGACAGACGCACCGACUGAAGCUCCUCGCAGUGAGCCAACUGACGCGCCGACAAAAGAUCCAUCCCCCGCUCCUAGCAGCUUGCCAACUGAAAUACCUACAGAAGGUCCAAGCACUCCGCCAACCGAAAGACCCACAGAAACUCCAAGCAGUGUGCCAACUGACGGGCCGACAGAAGCUUCUACUAGUGAGUCAACAGAAGGACCGACAGAGGGCCCAAGCAGUGCCCCAACUGACGGGCCGACAGAAGCUUCGAGCAGUGCGUCGACUGACGGGCCGACAGAAGCUCCUGCCAGUGAACCUACCGAGGGACCGACACAGGGUCCCAGCAGUGUGCCAACAGCAGGACCGACAGAUGCUCCAAGCAGUGCCCCAACUGACGGGCCAUCAGAAGCGCCUAGCGGUGAGCCAACAGAGCGACCCACAGAAGUUCCAAGUAGUGUGCCUACUGAAGAACCGACAGAAGUUACUAGCAGUGCGCCAACUGCAGGACCGACCGAAGCACCAAGCAUUGCGCCAACUGACGGGCCGACAGAAGAUCCUAGCAGUGCGCCAACUGCAGGACCGACAGAAGCACCAAGCGGUGCGCCAACCGAAGGGCCGACAGACGCACCGACAGAAGCUCCUCGUAGUGAGCCAACUGAAGGAACGACAGAAGCUCCAUCCCCCGCUCCUAGCAGCCUGCCAACUGAAGAACCGACCGAUGGUCCAAGCAGUGCGCCAUCCACAGGCCCGACAGAAGAUCCUAGCAGUGCACCUACUGACGGACCCACAGAACCUCAUAGCAGUGAGCCAACAGAGGGUCCAACCGAAGAGCCAACCACCGAGCCAACAGAAGGUCCAACAGGAGCUUCGUCCCCCGCUCCUAGCAGCUUGCCAACUAGAGGGCCGACAGAGGCCCCUAGCUCUGAGCCAACUGAAGGACCGACGGAUGCCCCUAUUAGUGCGCCAACUGGUGGACCGACAGAAACACCUACCUCUGUUUCCAGCAGUGUACCAACAGAAGAACCGACGGACUCAACCUCUUGGGCUCCAAGCACUGCGCCUACCGAAGCCCCUGUUUCCGUCCCAAGCAGUGAACCAACUCAAGGACCAACAAACGCGCCGACGGAAGCUCCAAGAAGUGAGCCAACCGAAGAGCCCACAGACGCACCAACAUCCCAAGAUGUGACUACUCAGAGCGACAUCACUGAACCCGCAAGUAUCAGUACCGAAGGACCCACAUCAGCUCCUACUGAGCCACCAACUGUUGGACCUACCAAUGAGCCAACUGAAGGACCCACAUCCGCACCUACUAUACCUUCAACUUCUGUUACUAGUAGUGAGCCAACUGAGGGACCUACAUCUGUGCCCCCUAGAGCUUCAACUUCCGUCCCCAGCAGUGAGCCAACUGAAGGGCCCACACCUGAUCCCACUGAACCUGCAACCUCUGUCCCAAGCAGUGAGCCAACCGAAAAUCCUACAGACACACCAACACCGUCAGAUGUGACCAAACAGAGCGAUCCCACUGAACCUGCAAGUAUCAGUACUGAAGGACCCACAUCUGAACCUUCCACUGCUGUCCCAAGCAGUGAGCCAACUGAGGGACCUUCACCUGGACCCACUCAACCGCCCGCAUCUCUCCCAAGCAGUGCGCCAACUGAAGGGCCCACAUCUGCACCUACUGAACCUCAAACUUCCGUGCCUAGCAGUGACCCAACUGAAGGACCUACACCUGGACCCACUGAUCCUUCAGCAUCUGUCCCAAGCAGUGAGCCAACUGAAGGACCCACAUCUGUGCCCACUGAACCUCAAACAUCCGUGCCUAGCAGUGAGCCAACCGAAGGACCAACGCCUGGACCCACUGAACCUCCAACUUCAGUCCCUAGCAGUGAGCCAACUGAAGAACCUACACCCGGACCCACUGAACCUCCAGCAUCUGUACCAAGCAGUGCGCCAACUGAAGGGCCCACAUCUGCACCUACUGAACCUCAAACUUCCGUCCCCAGCAGUGAGCCAACUGAAGGACCUACGCCUGGACCCACUGAACCGCCAACUUCAGUCCCUACCAGUGAGCCAACUGAAGGACCCACAACCGGACCCACUGAAGCUUCAACAUCUGUCCCAAGCAGUGAGCCAACUGAAGGACCUACACCUGGACCCACUGAACCUUUCACUGUUGUCCCAAGCAGUGAGCCAACUGAAGGACCUACGCCUGGACCCACUGAACCUCCAACUUUAAUCCCAAGCAGUGAGACAACUGAAGGACCUACACCUGGGCCCACUCAACCGCCCACAUCUGUCCCAAGCAGUGCGCCAAGUGAAGGACCCACUUCCGCGCCUUCUGAAGCCCCUACUUCCGUCCCGAGCAGUGAGCCAACUCAAGGACCAACAAACGCACCGACAGAGGGUCCAAGAAGUGAGCCAACCGAAGAGCCCACUGACGCACCAACAUCUCAGGAUGUGACCAGUCAGAGUGACUCCACGGAGCCCGCAAGUAUCAGUACGGAAGGACCCACAUCUGCGCCCACUGAACCUUCAACUGCUGUGACUAGCAGUGAGCCAGCCAGUGAUCCAACAGAGACGCCCACUGAAGCUCCAACAACAGAGACCAGUGUUCCGCCAAUUUCCACCAAGCCAUCUUGGCCCCCAAUGCCUGCACCUGCAAAGUGUUCUAUUGGCUUGGGCGACAUCAUGCUGCCUGACCCGAAGGACUGUGGGCGCUACAUUCGCUGUAACGGCGGAUUUUCGUGGAACAUGCCCUGUGCUCCAGGCACCAGGUUCAGUUACGCCAAACAGACGUGUGACCAUAUUUGGGCUGUCCAUUGUGACGUUACGCCGCAACCCACCCCCUCGACUCCACACCCCACCACGCGGCCCACUCCAACAUCCACCACUAAGCCCACUCCAGCAGCUACCACUAAACCCACUCCAGCACCAACGAGGGCGCCGAGCACAGCGAAGCCAUCCUGGCCCCCAAUGCCAGCUCCCACUAAAUGCACAGCCACGAUGGGGGACAUCAUGCUGCCCGACCCCAAGGACUGCAGCAAGUACGUCCGCUGCUACGCCGGAUUCACUUGGAACAUGCCUUGUCCUCCUGGCACUCGGUUCAGUUACGCCAAGCAGACUUGUGACCACAUUUGGGCAGUUAAAUGCAACACAUGAUGCAGAGAGUGGCGUUUUCGUUGCGGGAUCCAUGUCUGACCUUCCAUGUAUUCUAUAUAGGCGUGUAAUAAAUAACUUACCAAAUGUAAACCUA